AUGGAAGGUUUGCCUUCAGGUGACAUUCAGGCAAAAUAUCAAAAGUUAGCAGCAGAAUAUUCAAAGCUAAGGGUUCAUGUGAAGGUGUUAAAAAAAGGAGUAUUGGACGAGCAGGCAAAGUCAAAUGAACUAAGGGAUUUGUUAAGGGAAAAAGAGAAGUCAUUGCGAAAAGGCGAACUAGAGAUAGAUUCUCUAAGUUUUAGGAAUCAACAACUAACUCGACGCGUGUCUGUGCUUCAGGAAGAAAUUGAACAGACCCAGAGCAAAGGAACAAAAAAGGAGAAGAGGAAAGAUGAUAAACCUUCAACCAGUGCAAGCAGUGCAGCCUUAGAUCCUGGAAUCUUACAAGAGGAACUGCAGAAGAAAAUACUUGAAAAUGCCCAAUAUGCAUCACAGCUAUCGGACAAAGUUUUUGAGAUAUCUCAGUUGAAGGCAACCAUAGAGGACUGUAAUCGUCAUAUGACUGAAAGUGAGAGUAGAUAUAAAUGUGAAAUAGCUAAACUAAAGAAUAGAAAUCAGGAACUUCAGUUUGCUCUAGAAGAGGCACAGAAGGAUAGAGGCACAUUGAAGGUACAAGUCGGGAGCCAGGUCAGCUGUAAUGGUGAUUUCUUGUCAGAGGGAGGAAGUUUAAUAGGCAGUGAAGACGCACUCAGCUCCGUUGAUGAUUUACCACUAAAUGAGCAGCUCGGCACCAAGUUACAUAAUCUGGAACUAGAAACGCAAAAGCUGCGUAUGGAGUAUGGCCUCCUGGAAAUGGAGAAUGAAAGUCUAAAAUUGGAGAUCAGUAAGCAUGUAUCUGCAGCGCAGAAGAGAAGAACUGAUGCUCAUGACUCUGGAGACUUUAAUACAUUUAGUGAGACAUCCAUUGAUGGUGAAGGCCGUGUUACUGGACUUCUGGGUAGCCUAGAAGUUCCUUUCCAGCUCAGCAGCGAAGUACAGCAACGUGAAGAAAGACUUGUGGGUUAUUUUCGCAAUAAAAUCACAGCACUUAGUUCUGAACGGGAUGAAUUGCUCAGCAAUGCCGAACACUGUGUUAAGGAGUGCGAAAUGUUACGUCUUCGCUUUGACGAAAUGGAGCGCGAGAAAGAGACAGACGACAACACGAUACAGGUCAAACACGACACUAUUAGUAGACUGGAAGAAGAGCUGCAGUCGACGUCUCACAACUACGAACAACAGAUGUCGUUGCUGACGGAACACGUGGCCGCCUUGAACGAUCAAAUCGCCUCGCAGCACGACACCAUAGAACAUCUUAAACAUCAAUUAUCUACCAGGAAGAAAUAA